AUGAGGUUUGAAGUACUCGUUUUUUAUACUCGAUGUAUCGAAAAUCGAUUCAGAUACGGUAAUCGAGAGACCUGCGCUGCCAGUUUAAAAAUGGGCGAUGUCGUUGAACGACAUCUGGAUGAUGGUGAUAUUGUAUUGUUUAAUCGGCAACCAUCCCUUCACAAAGUGUCCAUUAUGAGUCAUCGGGCACGAAUCAUCUCCGGCAGAACAUUUAGGUUCAACGAGUGCGCAUGCACGCCAUAUAACGCAGAUUUCGAUGGUGACGAGAUGAAUCUGCACGUGCCGCAAACUCACGAAGCUAGAGCAGAAGCUUGUCUCUUGAUGGGAGUGGAGAGCAAUCUGAUCACUCCCAGAUCCGGCGAGCCAUUGAUUGCUGCGAUUCAGGUGAGAUGCUUUUAA